UGGCGAAUGUUUUGUCGUGUAUCACGUAUUUAGGACUUCUUUUAGCAGAACGGCUAAUUUUAACGAUAGGUUUACCAUCAAAAGCUAGCUAAUCGAUGCUAGCUGACAUGAACCUGCCGUUUUCACCGAUGUCGGUGCGACCCAACCGGCCCUUGAGGAAGCCUUCAUCGACCCCCGGAGCUAACGCCUCCAUACCACCGCGGUUAAGGCUAACCACCGUUAAUCCACCCAUACCUCCCGCUUUAGGCGGCGUUGGAAACGGUUCAUUUGCUGGCAUGCAUGCAUCCCCAGUGCCAGGACAAUCCCCAUUAGCUCUUACUGUACACCUUUGCAAAUACUGUGGCCAGCAAGGAAAUUUUCGUUGCAAGCGCUGCAAGAAGAUACCGUAUUGCUCUGUGGUGUGUCAGACAGAGGACUGGAAAGCACAUAGACACAUCUGCAAGCUCAUUGAUCCAGAAUCUGAAAAAGCGAACCCAAAGGAAAGCACAUCUUUUGCAAAUGCAGCAGACAAUAUGGCAGAAAUGAAGCCCAGUGAUUCAUUCAACUGUAUGAGGGUCUAUCUAAACGACUUGGAUAUCACUAAAGUCAUCAGUGACACAGAUAUACAGGCGUGUGUUCUUGAGUUGUACAGCCCAGGUAGGAUUUACCUCCUUGYCCAAAGUCCUGAGGUGAUGGAAGCUCUGCAGUGCAUAAGCACAGAACUUCAGAAAGCUUGCAGUGACCCCCCAAGGACACCUUAUGUGCCCUGUGUUGGUGAGGUUUGCGCRGUCCAGUUUUCUUGUGAUAUGAACUGGUACAGAGGCCUCGUCCAGACUCUGUCUGCUGACCAGAAGGUGGCCAGUAUCCUUUACAUAGACUUUGGCAACGAAGAGAGUGUCCCAGUGGACAGGAUGAGACCUCUGCCUGCUAAUACACAACCAUUUCCUCCCUGUGCAAUGGAGUGCCGUAUUGCUGGCGUGGUGCCGGUGUUAAACGAUUGGUCGGGCGAGUGCUGCCUGACAAUUAAACAGAUGCUGGCAGGCAAGAUGGUGACUGUUCACCUUUUGGAAACACUGGAGAAAGGCCGUGUCCAUGUGGUGGAUAUCCUGCUUUCCUUGGGAAAUAAGCUGAGCACAUUUCUAAUUCAGGAAGGGUAUGCACAAAAAGAAAGUGUCUGCGCGGCACCUACAGAACAAGAUAUAUGUGCCAUGUUAACCGCAUCCUUGGAAAACUUCAGGAGUCUUUCUGAUGGGAAAGAUGACAAUAAAUGGGCUCAACCUCCAGAGCCACUUGCAGAGUCCAUAGGAGACCAGUUUUCUGUUGUGGUCACCCACUUCCAAUCACCAAACAACAUUAUUGUGCAGAAGGUGGAAAACGCUGGAGCCAUCCAGGAUUUGCAGUUGAAGCUGAGGCAACACUGCUCUGAGGUUUUGAUCCCACAGAACUUCAGACCUGCUCCUGGAACAGUUUGCUGUGCCAUGUUCUCAGAGGACAAACAGUGGUAUAGGGCUAAAGUAUUGGCUUAUCCAUCAGAGAAGCGCAUCUGUGUCGGCUACAUUGAUUUUGGCAACUCAGAAGAGGUGGAUUUAAACUAUCUGCGACCUAUUAGCACCUCACUCCUGGCCCUUCCAGUGCAGGCUAUUCCCUGUGGUCUAGCAGGAGUGCAGCCUUUGGAGGAGAGCUGGUUGAAGGACUGCCUUCUGACUCUUCAGCGCCACCUGUCGAACAGAAUCCUGCACUGCAAAAUCCUGGGAGCACACGAGGGCAAGUUCCUGGUGGAGCUGAUUGACGAGGCCAGUGAUCCGUUGGUCAAUAUGGCCGAGCUGCUGAUCACUGCAGGUUAUGCUACACCUGCUCCUGUUGCAUCCAGUGCUCACCUGCAAGCUGAGGACACAGCUGCUGCAGAACAAGCAUCACCCCCUGUGCCUGAGCAACUGGUUUGGUCAGUUGCUGAACUCCCCACUGAUGGCCAGACGGUGGCGCUGGUUGCCAGUCUURUAGAAAGCCCUGGGAAGUUUUACUGCCGCCUCAGCAGUCCCACAGAGCAACAGAGUCUAAAAGAACUGAGGGCUCAGUUGAAGCAGCAUUGUGAGGCUCAUGUCUCCCCUUUCGUACCCAAAUUGGGAGAACCUUGCUGUGCAGUGUUUCCUGGUGAUGGAGCAUGGUGCCGGGUCAUGGUACAGGGACUCUCCGAUGGCAGAUCUGCAGUAAACUUUGUGGACUACGGUUACAGCAUGACCGUGGAAAAUUGUCACCUGCGGCCAAUUACACCCAAACUCCUGACACAUCCUUUCCAGGCAGUUUGCUGCUGGCUGGCAGGUGUGGAGCCCUUUGGAUCAGAGUGGAGCWGCGAGGCCAUCCUGUGGUUCCAGGCUCUGUUGGAUGGCCAACAGCUCAACGCACGCGUCCUCACGGUCACAGAGCAGGGCUACGGCGUGGAGCUCCACAGCAGUGGCAAGAACGUGGCAGCUUCCCUGAUUGCUGAGCUGCUCGCUAAAGCUUCUGGAGAAACUUCUGAAGAGCCGCCAGAAAAAAUGAGCUCCAUAACAAAGCAAGAGGCUGUAAAGCAGAAUGAGGGCAGAGAUCAAACCUGUAGUCAGACAGAAGCCGGUUCUACGGAGAAAACAAGGGAAGGGCAGACAUCAGAAGCCGCAUCUUUUCCAGUGGAUUGGAAAACACUGGAGCUGCCACUCAAAGAGACCUUUCAGCCUUACGUUGCAGCGGCCAUUAGUCCUUCCCUCUUUUACCUGUUCGGCCCCGCUCAAGUGGAUCAGCAGAAGCUGCAGGAGGUGAUGAUGGAGCUGGCUGUCUUUUGCUGCGACAAACAGAACACUUUAUCUGCAGCUGUAAACACCAAACCUGCUCCUGGUGCUGCCUGUUGUGCUCAGUUCUCUGCUGAUCAGAAUUGGUACAGAGCAGUAGUCCUGGAAGUCGGUGAGAAUGAGAUGAGCAUCCUCUAUGCAGACUACGGCAACAGUGAGAUUGUGCCGUUCUCCCGAAUCCUGCCCAUCCCUGCCCACCUGUUGCAGCUUCCUUUUCAGAUUAUUCGUUGCACCCUAACAGAAAAGGAGCACUCCCCUGCAGCUUGGCCAGAAGAGGUGCAGCAGGUGUUUCGGGCUGCGCUGACGACUGGCGUCCUGGCCGCCGCUCAGUCCUUUGACGGCUUUGCUAACGUGCUGUCCGUCACGUUGCCCACUGAGAGCGGCGGAGGAAACCUCGCUACCUUGAUCUUGGAUACAUUACACACCCACYGCAAGAGCAACUGUUUUCCAGAUSCCAGUCAGAAGAGGGACAAAACUGGCAGCAGCACUUCAGAGAGCGCUGCAGCUGCAGCUGCACCUGACUGCCCCCAACCUAAAACCCUACCUGAUCCUCACAAUCAGCUGGAAAAUAAAACUAAGCCAGUUGAUAACACAACGUCUACGAAAGCUCCAGAGCCAACAGUCCAGUCUGUUUCUACUGCGUCUGUUGUUGAUCCAGUGAAGAAGAUUGUGAACCAAAUGGAGCCACCCUACCAAAAUAAUUCAGAUGUCACUGAACCACAGACUUCCAGCUGCAACUGUCAGCACCUGAAGAAACACGUCGACAGUCUGGAGCGUCUAAUGGAACAAGCGAUGGAGCACAUGAAACAGAUGCAGCUGCAGUUUAUUCUCAUCAAGGAGCUGGAGAGAAAUAAGACACACUAAACAAAAACUCUUACUGUUCAACCCGCCUGUUUCAAAUGUAUAUUGGUUUUGUGUUUUUGUAAAAUGCUGCAUUAUGUUCAAGGCUUUAAUAAUUUUAUUCUGCGGUUGUAUUCUUGUUUGCUUUUAGGUUUCAAUAGUUCUCCAAAUCAGGUUAUCCUUGUUUUCCUGUAAAAGCCAGCAGCAAAGAGCAUGCUCAGCCUCAGUGAUGAGUGAGUGUGCUCUGCAGCCAUCUGUUUGUUUGUUCACCCACAGGAAUGGGAUGUUCAACCUGAUGAGUGUUUGAUUUGUGUUUGAGUUCAUUGUGAAUAAACACAAAUAACUAAAAAUA